GAUUAUCUGCAUAAUUUAUAAUAUUAUUUCUUUAAUAGGUACACAAACGACCUCUUCGCGAAGAAGAAAUAGCGGCUAUAUGCGAAGGUGUGGUUUGUGGUCUGUCGUAUUUGCACAGUCUAGGCCGUAUCCAUAGAGACAUAAAGGCAGGAAACAUACUACUCACUGAGAAUGGCACUGUAAAAUUGGCUGACUUUGGCAGUGCCAGCAUCAAGUGUCCAGCCAAUAGUUUCGUCGGGACACCUUACUGGAUGGCACCAGAAGUCAUAUUAGCUAUGGACGAGGGACAGUAUGAUGGAAAGGUGGACGUUUGGUCUCUGGGUAUCACUUGCAUCGAGCUGGCGGAACGUAAGCCGCCAUAUUUCAACAUGAACGCUAUGUCUGCUCUGUACCACAUCGCGCAAAAUGAUUCGCCUACAUUACAGGCACCAGAGUGGACGGACACAUUCCGCUACUUCGUCGAGGCUUGCCUUCAGAAGAACCCGCAAGACCGUCCGUCGUCCACCAAACUUCUUUCUCAUCACUUCUUUACGCGGCACCGAUCUCCCAAUGUCCUAGUUGACCUCAUACAGAGGACAAAGGCUGCUGUCCGAGAUUUGGACAACUUGAAUUAUAGGAAGAUGAAGAAGAUUUUAAUGGUCGACGCUGAUAAUGAAAGUGCUAUUGGUGACAGUGAAGAGACCACGGAGGAACGUUCAGGCGGUGAUUCGUCGAAGUCUAAUUCGGCAACGUCGGAACAUAGUGCGGCCGGCGCAUCCAGUCAGAGCUCCUCAUCUGGUAGCCUUCGACGGCGCCCACACCUACAAAUGACACCUGUGAGUAUUAUUUAGUACUAUGUUUUUCGUUGUAAGGGGAAUGUUUUAUACCGCUUGACAAACGGCAGGGGGUAUGUGGGAC